AUGUUUAAUGAAUGUUUUGAAGCAAAUGUAGUUUAUAAGACUAAUCUUUCUGCUGAAGAUUUGAAUGAUAUUAAAACCAACCAGAUGUUAUCAGACACAGUGAUCCAUUCUGUCCAAAAUAUGAUUAGUGGUGUUAGUGGCUUACAGGAUCCAGUUUUUGGUCAAAGUUUAUCAUUUCAUGCAAUCAAAGAAUCUUUUGUACAGGUUUUGCAUGAUGGUCAUGUACAUUGGCUAACAGUUAGUACUUUUGGGUGUUCUGAUGGUGAGGUGUGCCUGUUAGACAGCAUGUUUCAUGGUAAAGUCAAAAAUCAUGUCAUCAGGCAAAUUUGUGCAAUAAUGCAGUGUACCAAGGACAUUUUAACUGUACGAGUUUUACCUGUACAGCAACAAGCAAAUAGUAUAGAUUGUGGCUUGUUUGCAUUGGCAUUUGCGAAGCACAUUGCUUUUACUGGUUUGAAUCCAUGUUAUAUUGGAUUUGAAGAUGUUGAUAUGCGAAAGCAUUUACUUCAAAGUAUUUCGGGAAACCACCUAAAUGAAUUUCCGAAAACUUCAAAAAAAACAAUGUUUUGUAAAGAAAAGAAAUUUAAAUUUAAUCUAUAUUGCAUUUGCAGACAAGUAUGGACAGUUUCAGAUAAAUUUAUAAAAGAUAGGCAUAUGGUACAGUGUGAAAAAUGUGAAUGCUGGUUUCAUCGUGCAUGUGAAAAUAUACCAGAAUAUGUGUUGGCGCAUGAGAGUGCUGAAUGGCUUUGUUUGAAGUGCUCAAUAAAUUUAUAG